AUGCCUCCCAAGUUCGACCCCAAUGAGGUGAAGAUCAUCCACCUCCGUGUGACUGGUGGUGAGGUCGGAGCCCAGUCUGCUCUGGCUCCUAAGAUCGGUCCUCUCGGUCUGUCCCCCAAGAAGAUCGGUGAAGAUAUUGCCAAGAACACUGGCGACUGGAAAGGUCUCCGUGUUACUGUCAAGCUCACCAUCCAGAACCGUCAGGCUGCUGUCUCGGUUGUGCCCUCCGCCUCUUCGCUGGUUAUCAAGGCCCUGAAGGAGCCUCCUCGUGACCGCAAGAAGGAGAAGAACAUCAAGCACUCCAAGUCCAUCCCUCUCGACGAGAUCAUCGAGAUCGCCCGCCAGAUGCGCAACCGCUCUCUGGCCAAGGAGCUCCAGGGUACCGUUCUUGAGAUCCUCGGAACUGCUUUCUCCGUCGGCUGCAAGGUCGAUGGCCGCAGCCCCAAGGACGUCAGCGAUGACAUCAAGGCCGGCGAGAUUGACAUUCCCUCCGAGUAAAUUUGAUCGUGAUUCUUAUGGCGUUCGUCAAUAUGUAUUGGCAUUGCUAGUUUAAAGAGAAUAGGAUCAUUUGCCUUGGCGGCAUUCAAAAAAAAUGGUUUAACGAUUCAU